AUGUUCGCAGCAUUUUUAACAGCUGCAACAUCAAUUAGUAUCAAAUACGGUGAUGUUGCUAAUGCUCUCGAGCUUGCUAAGACAGGACCAACAUUUAUGUUCGCCUGCUCAAGCGAUGAAUUUGAAUAUUCAACAAUUUCUCGCGCAUUCGUUCGCUCUGCCCAUCUUUCAACAGUUGAGGCAAACUACAUUGUUAUUGAUACUUCUAAAACACCAAAUGCUAAAGAACUUCUCGGCGUCAAAGAUUUUCCAUGCUUAGUCUAUGCUAAGAACGGCAAAGUUCUCCGCACUCAAUACCGUGGCUUUGAUGAAGACUUUAUUGUUGCCUUUAUCAACACAAACUUUAUUGAUCCAAUCGAAACAAUUAAGACAAAGGAGCACCUUGAAGAAUUCUACAAGACAACAGCAUGUGGCAUCAUUGUUGCCAAGGCUGAUGCUUCAGAUGAGAAGUAUCCACACAUUGCUGAUUUCUAUCGUGAAUAUUCCUUUGAAGUCAGUGUUGUUUAUGUUGAUCCAGCAGUUUUCGGCAAGGAAGGCUUCUUCCUCUAUCGUUACAUCGAUUCUGUUGUUCUUGAGCUCACAGAUCUCUCCAACUUGGAAACAUCCGAGAUCAUUUCAGAGGUCAACAAGAACACAUUCCCAGAAUUCCCAAAGGUUUCAUCCCAGAUCCUCAAUGCUUGGGAAUCCCAGAAGCAAAUGUAUGUUAUUCUCUUAUUAUCCAUGGACGAUUUCUAUCUCACACAGGAUCAGCUCGAUCUUAUCCACCAAAUCAAGGAACACGCUGGAGUUAACGUUACAUACAGCGAUAUCGAAAAUUCAGCUGUUGUUGGCAUGACAUACGGUCUUGUUGAUGUUCUUGACUCAUCAAUGGCUAUCAUCGAUGCUCGUGGCGAUCGCACAUUCAAGUACAUGCUCGGAAAGGAACUAACAGCUGAAAACGCUCUUGAACUUAUUAAUAAGGUUAAUGACGGUACAGCUACAAAGUUCUGGAAGUCAGAACUCGAGCCAUCCAUUGUCAAGGGUGAAGUCCAGCAAUUCUCUGCUAACACGCUCAUUCAAGCUGUCGAAGAUAAGAAGGAUCUCCUUCUCGCUAUUUACUUCUCCAACAAAGAACCAAUCCAACCAUACAUGGAAGCCACACAGGAUCUCGUUAAGAAAGAGACAGGCUUUGUCUACGGCAGAUUUUCAGUCGCUCUCAAUGAUUGGCCUCUCAAAAACCUCGGUGAUGAACUUCCUUUCCUCGUUGGCUUCAAGGGCGGAAAAAUAACAUAUGCUCAGAAACUCGGAGAGACAGCAGAAGUUGUCAAGAAGCAGAUCGAAGAAUAUAAGGCUGCUGACAAAGAGCUAUAA